AUGAACUCUAUGCCAAAACCAGAAAGACAUGCUGAAUCAUUGCUUGACAUUUGUCAUGAUACAAACUCUUCUCCAACUGAUAUGAUGACAGUCACUAAAAACCAAAAUAUAAUCUUGCAAAGCAUCAGCAGCAGGGAGGAGUUUGACCAAGAUGUUGUCUGCACUCAUUCCAUAUUGAUUAGUGAAAAAGGAGAUCCAAGUGGUGAUGGACUAGACUGGCAACCCAGGACAGAAGUGUUUUCCUCUUCUAAUAUGAAGUAUAGUAGCCGGAGAAUUGAGUUCCCUCAGCCACCAUUGUCACCCUUGCCUGUGAGAUCCUGUCUUCUUACUAUACCCCCAAAUCAUAAGGAUCAGAAAGAGAGAGAAAGAAAUAUUCCAAGCUUCAUAUCUUUCAUACCUAAGCUCUCAGAGCCUGUUAGUCGAUCUGGUGAGUUUAGACCAUCAAACAAGCAGAAGGAAGCACCAUUCAAGGUGUUAGGGGAUCAGACUCUCAGGUCAUUUGAUAGCUCUAUCUGGUCCAGAAACAUGUGCUUUUUUUGGAAGGCUCACCAUCACAGACAACACCUGGAACAGGAGAGUAGGAAAUCCAAGGAAACAGAGUGAUGUGUCAACAUUGAAAUCUCUCACUUUGAAAAAGGACAGUCUUUGGUGUCCUUUGAGAAUUUCAAGGAAGGCAAUUUUCCUAAUAGGGAAGUGGAUAUUGACUGCCAUGGUGCUGAAGUGAGAAGAGCAGAAGAGAGCACUCAAUCUCUUUCAUCAGGAAAAAACUAUGAACGAGAUUCAGAAGCUGGAUAUAUCAAACCAGUCAAGUUCCAAGAAGCCCUGCAUUCAGAAAUGACUCUAAGCCAGGAUGAAGGGACUAGAAAUGAUAAAGCUGAUUCAAAAACUGCUUCAGCACAUAAAGGGGAAGUAAUUGAGCCAAAUCAUAUUUCAGAAGAGUAUACUGUUCUUAAAAGUUUGUCCAGUAUAGUUCCUCAUGACCCCAUUGAAAAGCUCCCAGAAGAUCACAGAAGCAUGGAGACAAAAAAAAUAUCAGUAGCAGAGGCAACCAAACCAGAAAUGAACGGGAUGGUGCCUCUUAUCCACAUCACUUUCCCUGGAGAUGAAACUCCCAAGGAACCAGCAACAACUAAACCAAGCCUCCAAAAAAGAAAGGGCAUCCUUCAUAACAACAGUAGCUUCAACAUACUUGCAGACCGAAAUGACAUGCAUAAAAUGAAAACCCAUAGAAAUAAGUUGGAUUCAAAGACCAAGGCCAGUAACAGGACACCUCAGAAUUUCAUGGUUUCCACUGAAAGUUCCAUGAAGCCUACCAUGCACAAAACCAGCAUAAAAACUCAAGUUUUUCCUGCUCUGGGGCUUGUGGACCCCAGACCUCGGCAAUCACCCACGUUUCAAAAGAGAAUGCCACAGAUAGAAAAGAAGCAAUCCACUUACCGGGCUUUGAAACCUAAAAAGCAAUCACUCCCUUGCAUCUGUAAAAAUCCAGGAAUAAAAAAGUCUUCUGCUCCUCUCUCUGCUCAACCAACAGAGCCAAAUUACUUAGAUCUGAAGUACAGUGACAUGUUCAAAGAAAUCAGUUCAACUGCAAAUGGACGUGGAAUCUACGAAACGUUCAGGACUCCUAUUUAUCGUCAGAUGCCAGAGGCUGAACAGCAUGAAAACAAAUAUUUCCAAGAGAUAUGCUCAGCUUCAUCGGGCAGAUGUAUCACCAAUAAAUGUCGAUCUUCACACAGUGAGAGGACCAGCAAGAGCCGAACCAGACUCUCUCAGAAAAGACCACAUAUUAAACCCCCAAAGUCUUCUCUUGGCAUUAAACAAAAGCACAAAAGUUUAAUUUCUAAAGAAAAGCAAAAGCGUUGCCAGCCUGUAAGUAGCAAUGACACUGAAAAUGGUGAUGGUAUUUCAGAACCAGAAUAGCAGAUAAAGUCUUCAGGAAAUGACUUUCUAUCUUCCAAAGAUGAAGUUCAGCCCAUGAACAUGGAUCAGACUCAUGAGCAGUCCACCGAACAGAACGAAUUCCUUCCUGUCUCAGAUUUGUCCAUUGUGGAGGAAGUUGACGAAGGAGACAUCUCUAGCAAUCAGAUACUUGCCACGAGCCUCAGAGAUCUGCAUGAACUGGAAGCAAAUCACCAAACCCCAUUUGUCCUUUCAGAAAACAGCUGGGCACUGCCCAGUGAGAAGAGUUCCAGCAAGCAUGUACUGCAAGAAAAGCAGACUAUAGUAUCUCUGGUGAAACUAAUUGCCAAUCAAAUUUUAACUAAUGAGGUAGAGUUUGACAGUGUUUCAGAUAAGUGUAAAACACUUAUGAGUUUCUCUUUCCAAGAGAAACAAGAAAGUGCAUCUUCUCAAGCAUAUCAACGUUGGGCACAUUCUUUGGAUCAUGAUAGUUUGGCUAAUAAGUCAAUUCCAUGUCAAACAUUUGGAAAAACUUUAAAUGAUGCAGAUUCAAUUUCCCAAGGAAUUCUAGACCCUGUAAAGAAUGAAGAAUCUCCAGAUGAACUGUUAGGUUGUCUAGCUGCAGAACUACUAGCUCUUGAUGAGAAAGAUGACAACUCUUGCCAAAUAAUGGCAGAUGAAACAGAUCCUGAAAGCCAAAAUCUUGCCCUCAGUAAGAGAGGAAAUACCAUGCAAGAAUUAGGGGGAGAGACAACUGUCAAAAUACAGAGAUACAGUAAUGGCUUUGGGGUAUGUGACAAAGAGGAGAGAUUUUUCAACUCACAUGAAAAGAAGACAUUUUCUGAAAACAGUUUAAAGUAUGAAGAACCUAUCCUGUGGACCAAGGGUGAGACCCUUGGGAAGGGAGCCUACGGCACAGUAUAUUGUGGUCUUAUUUGCCAAGGACAGCUAAUAGCUGUAAAACAGGUGGCUUUGGAUACCUCUGAUAAGUUAACUACUGAAAAAGAAUAUAGGAAACUGCAGGAAGAAGUAGAUUUGCUCAAAGCACUGAAACAUGUCAACACUGUGGCCUAUUUGGGGACAUGCUUCGAGGAGAACAUUGUAAGCAUUUUCAUGGAGUUUGUUCCUGGUGGCUCAAUCUCUAGUAUUAUAAACCAUUUUGGGCCAUUGCCUGAGAUGGUGUUCUGUAAAUAUACAAAACAAAUUCUGCAAGGUGUUGCUUAUCUCCAUGCGAACUGUGUGGUGCAUCGAAAUAUCAAAGGAAAUAAUAUUAUGCUUAUGCCAACUGGAAUAAUAAAGCUGAUUGACUUUGGCUGUGUCAAGCGUUUGACCUGGGCUGGCUUAAAUGGUACCCACAGUGACAUGCUGAAGUCCAUGCAUGGGACUCCGUAUUGGUUGGCUCCGGAAGUCAUCAAUGACUCUGGCUAUGGAUGGAAGUCAGACGUCUGGAGCAUUGGCUGCACUGUGUUUGAGAUGGCCACAGGGAAGCCCCCACUAGCUUCCAUGGACAGGAUGGCAGCCAUGUUUUACAUUGGCGCACACCGAGGGCUGAUGCCUCCUUUACCAGAACACUUCUCAGAAAACGCAGCAGACUUCGUGCGUGUGUGCCUCACCGGGGACCAGCAUGAGUGACCUUCUGCUGUCCAGCUCCUGAAGCACUCCUUCUUGAAGAGAAGUCAUUGAACAUACAUCAGGACUUCCUUCCCAGCUCCACUAUAAAUUACUCCGUUACUGCUUCAUUGCGGAAAUGAUGGCUAAGGGACCCUUGUUUUCCUACUGGAAAGUCAAUCUAACCCAAUUUAACCAGAUCCUGCAGUGGCACUAACUGAAAAGUUUGUUACAGGUUAGCCUUCUCAAGCUUCAGGCACAA